GAAAGACUAUACAAGAUGUCUGGACGCGGAAAAGGAGCCGGUAAAGUCAGAGCAAAGGCAAAGACCAGAUCCUCCCGGGCUGGGCUUCAGUUCCCCGUGGGUCGUGUCCACAGACUCCUUAGGAAAGGAAACUAUGCUCAGCGUGUCGGUGCCGGAGCCCCCGUCUACCUCGCAGCCGUGCUCGAAUACCUGACCGCUGAGAUCCUGGAGUUGGCCGGCAACGCUGCCCGCGACAACAAGAAGACUCGUAUCAUCCCCCGUCACCUGCAGCUUGCUGUCCGCAACGACGAGGAGCUGAACAAGCUGCUGGGAGGAGUGACCAUCGCCCAGGGAGGAGUGCUGCCUAACAUCCAGGCUGUGCUGCUGCCCAAGAAGACCGAGAAGGCCGCCAAGAAGUAAACACUGACCUGAUAGAAUAAACCAAAGGCUCUUUUAAGAGCCACCCACUACAACUCAAAGAGGAAUCUUAUUAUUUCUGGCAAUUCAGUUUAAACUGCAUAUAUGAUCAAUGUAUCACCAAAUAACGCACCAUAUCAGAAACCAGAAGAUACCACUUCAUACAAGAGUAAUGUGAUUACCUUCCCAGGGAAAUGUUCACCCUGAAUCAAUUUUAUGUUGCGCGUACACCAGGAAUCUAAUAAGGGAAACGUUAUUCGCCAGACAUGAUUACUUUCAAUAUAUAUUCAAUAUAUCUUGAAAUAUAUUUAUUACUGACCGCAAUUCAGAGUGUGAUGCUUGUUUAAGACAACUGUUUAACAGGUCACAACACAUCAAAAUAAAGGACAUUGACACAACUCCA